AUGGCUGCCAAGCAAACGGUCGUGAUCAUAGGCAACGGCUGGGGAGGUUUCACCGUCGCUCACGGCCUCCUCACAUCCAAAUACAAUAUAGCAGUCAUCGCACCCAUUCGAACCAUCCAGUACACUCCCCUCCUCGCCAGUGCAGCAGCUGCGCAUUUCGAUUUCCGUCUCGCAGAAGAACCGGUGCGAAGAAGAAACCGGAUGCCAGAACUCCGCUACCAUAAAGCCAAUGUAGAAGACAUUGACUUUGACAAACGACUGGUAUAUUGUCGACCUGCAAUUGCCAAUAUCGCAGGAAACGAUUUCAGCAACAAAGAUAAAAGUUGUUUCACUGUCAAUUAUGACAAACUGGUCAUCGCACCGGGCUGCAUCAAUCAGACGUUCGGUACACCAGGAGCGUUGGAACAUGCGAAUUUCCUCCGAACCACGAAUGACGCGCGCCUGAUCCAACAGCGGAUACUCGAAAUGUUAGAUGCGGCUUCCGUGCCCGGAUUGACAGAUGCUCAACAGCGGGACAUCCUGCGCAUCAUUAUUGUGGGAGGAGGUCCGAUCGGGAUUGAAGCCGCGGCGGAGCUGUUCGAUCUAUGGAAUGACGACAUGAAGUAUUUGUAUGCGCAUUUGCAAGGGAAAUUCAGUAUUGAAAUCCACGAUGUUGCGGAGAAACUGUUGGGGAGUUUUGAGGGGAAACUGGGAGAGUACGCCGAGGAUAAGUUGAAGAAGAGGGGAAUUGAGAUUCAGACCGAGAGCCAUAUUGAAAAGGUCGAGGCGGACGCCAUCUAUACAAAGGAGCUGGGCCAGAUUCGGUAUGGGUUGUUGUUGUGGGCCACGGGAAAUGGAGCGAACCCGCUCGUGGAGAAGUUGGAAUCUGUCAAGAAGACUGACAAGUUGCCGAGGAUACUUACAGAUAAGAGGUUAAGGGUGUUGCAGAAGGAGAAUGACCAGGUCAUGGAGAACGUGUUUGCCCUGGGGGAUUCGGCGGAUAUCGAUGGGAACUUCCUUCCCAUGUUGGCAGAGGUUGCAGUACAAAAGGCCGAGUGGUUAACGAAGGCUCUCAACGACGAUGGGGGUGAGUCCCCGAAGCCAUUCGAAUACAAGCAAAAGGCGAGUCUGGCAUAUCUCGGAGGACAGGACGGAGUUGCCGAUGGAGAGUGGACGGGACAGUCUGCAUGGCUCGCAUGGAGAAGCGGGAGCAUUUGGCAUUGGCCGCGGAGUUGGAGACGAACGCUGAUGAUCGGCAUCAGCUGGAUUUUCAAUGUGGUCGGAGGUCGGGACAUUGCCAGGAAGUGGUAG